AUGACUUUCCGAGGAGCUGUUUUUAUCACCUGUAUUUUAGGACAUUAUUACUUAAUUUCAGCUGUCUCUGUAAUCCUGCCUGUCGUUAAGGCACUUCGCUCCUACGUGGUGACCAGCGAGGGUUCCAAUGUUACUUUGACGUGCAUUGGUCGGAGAGUGAAAGCGCUCGAUACCAUGGUUAAGUGGAAGUUCGAGGGCCAGGAAAUCGAGGAAAGCUCAAACAAGAGAGCCAUUGUCAAGUUCCACCCAAAGAGGCGAGGGAAUUUUUCGUUACAUAUAACAAAUGUCUCGAAGGAAGAUAUCGGUAAAUAUUCGUGUGUCGCAUCUACGGCCGACUUUGGAAAGGCGAUCGUCAAAGAGACUUUUAUUCAUUUGAAUUUAUUUAAAACUGUGUCGUGGCCAAGAGGAACUUAUGCUUUGCCGAUGCCAAAUAGUGGCUGUCCAAUUACAAGUGAGUUCACUUGGUCAGCGGGUUAUCAUCGGCAAGACACAGAGGAAACAGGUCCACGAAGUAGUUGGUCCAGUCCACUUCACUUGAAAGGAGAUAAGACUCCCACCCAGAUUACUCAGCAUUUCUGUGUAAAGACAACUGAAACAGGGGGAAGACUUUGGCCAUCAGGGCAAUAUUGUAUAUACAGAAAGGGAACGUGCCCAGGCGGAUUUCAAGAAGGAGAGAUCAAAUGGGACGACGAGGACACUAAAAACGACAACAUGGCUGAAGGCAUUUUACCUGACGGUGAAUACAAAAAGGAUACUAUUUUGCAGUUCUGCUGUCGAUCAGAUGGGUCAGCGGAAAACCCUAUCGAGCUGCCCAUUCGCGAGCCGUUUUUCCUCCUUAAGCACUCAGGCCGUUGCCAGGUAGUUUUGGGCAUGCGUGUCACAGAAGAGUGGUUAUUCUGGGACUGUGAAGACCGAGAAAACAAAAAUUCAUAUAAUGGAGAGGUACCAGCGUCUUUUAUUACGAAGGACGUCAAACUACAUUACUGCUACUACGAAAAACAAUAAAAAAAGGCAUGCGUUGCUCUUUGGGAAUGAAAUCUUCAUCUUAAGGGUCGGCUAACUUGCUGAAUUUUCAUUGAUAUAUUUUUGUUGCACUUUCAUACACUCAAACAUUCAGGUAACAGAAGCUUCAUUAACUGUCCGGGAGGCUCCCCUUUUUUCAGCGCUUGGAUCAGAUGGGUAUUUAAAGUAAUUCUCUAGUUUCGGCGAUCGUGUUUCGUUGCUCUUUUUUCACCCAAUGCAGAUUAAUCUAUGAUUAACGUAAAAGGUUAUACUUGCACAGUCAGCACACACCCCGUUUAACUAAUCGAUGUGUCGCAAAUAGCAAAGAUUGCACCAAUUGCGUGUAUAGACUGGAUUACUACAGAUUAAUGCUGAGAUUUGUGGGAGAUAGUUUUAAAAAUUAAAUUUUAAGCAGUUUUAAACACAGUAUUUAUUUUAAAUCAUUCGUUUUACUCGUAGGGUCAAUUUUAUACUUAACUUAAUAAAAUUUAACUUAUCUAAAUUACACUGGAAAUG